UUAUUUUGUCUUGCAGGCAGUGUCCCAUCCCUAGCAGCAGGUCUUCUCUUUGGUGGUUUGGCUGGUUUUGGUGCUUACCAGACAUCACAGGAUCCCAAAAAUAUUUGGGUGUCUUUAGCUGCAUCUGGGACACUUGCUGCUGUCAUGGGAAAGAGAUUCUAUAACUCACGCAAAAUCAUUCCAGCUGGUCUCAUCGCUGGAGCGAGUGUCCUGAUGCUGGCAAAACUCGGAGCCAGAAUGCUACAGAAACCACAGCAAUCGUAAUACCCAAACAGAAAUCACUGUCUGCUUUCAUUCAAACUAUUUUCUUUGACAUGUCAUAGCUCAUUGUCAUAUUUUGUUUCAAAUGUAAAAUAAAAAUGUAGUUGUCAGGUGAAUAUCUGAAUUAAAGACUUCUGGUAAAAACA